AUGCACCUUACAUACGUCUCAGGUCUCUUUGCCAUUCUCGUUGGCAUUGCUUUGAGCUCUCUUGGUGGGCGACAUGCGCCAAUCACUCCGGAUCCAACUGUUGACCCGGCACCGAACAUCAAACAUCGCCAGCACUUUUUACCCUGGCAUGUUGAACACAACCCUACAGAGACGGAAGACCUGAUAAAGCCUGCCACGCCGGCUAAUGUACACAAGCACCCUUCGGAGCGCCGCGAGGACAAACUCGCUAGCCCCCUUGACUACCGCUGCGGCGAAAAGCAUGGAAGAUGCCCCAGUGGUACCUGCUGCUCCAGUGCAGGUUUCUGCGGCACUACAAAGGCGCACUGUCGAUCCCCAGACUGCAAAAUCGAUUAUGGCUUAUGCGAUGCCCACAAAACACCCAAAGGUCCUCCCACAAAGGACAUUCUGCGGCCUAAAAUCGGAGUUGUUCCAUAUGGUCCGCAACAGAUCCGAUCUUGCUCUGUUCCAGGAACAGUAGCUUUGACGUUUGAUGAUGGACCCUCAAGAUAUACUGGUGAUCUUCUUGAGCUACUCGACAGGUAUGAGGCACCGGCAACGUUCUUUGUUACUGGCAUCAAUAACGGCAAGGGUGCAAUCGAUGACCCUGAAUUACCUUGGGCUUCCUUGAUUGAACGUAUGGUGCUCGGUGGUCAUCAAAUUGCCAGUCAUACAUGGUCUCACGAGGAUCUCAGCAAGAUUACACCCACUCAACGUAUUGACCAGAUGGUCAAGAACGAAGCUGCUCUUCGGAACAUCAUGGGAAGCUUCCCCACCUAUAUGCGCCCGCCAUACUCGAGCUGUGAAGAGAAGUCUGGAUGCCGUGAAGAUCUGGGUCGCAUGGGAUACCAUAUCGUGUUGUAUGAUAUCGACACGGACGACUACAAAAAUGACAACCCGGGCUUGAUUCAGAAAUCAAAGGACAUUUUUGACAAGGCUUUGGCUGCUGGAAAUCCUGCCUCCCAUUCUUAUUUGAUCAUUGCCCACGAUGCCCAUGAACAGACUGUUCACAAUCUCACGGAACACAUGUUGCAGACAAUGACACGCCUCGGAUACCGCCCUGUCACUGUCGGAGAAUGCCUCCGAGAUCCGCGGGAGAUGUGGUACCGCAAGGAUGGCCGCUGGACCGGGCACAUACAGAAGACUACAAAAAUCUUCCACCAACAGGUAUCAGUCGAUGGCACUUGUGGCAGAAACUACACCUGCUCGGGCUCUAGCUUCGGACUGUGCUGUGGUCAGUGGAAUCUUUGCGGAAACAGCUCCAACCAUUGUGGAAACGGUUGUCAAAAGGGUGCCGGUUACUGCGCGGUGGAAGUACCCCACAACGGCGAUGCGUGGGACCCAACUGUCUCGAAAAAGGGCAAUAAGUCAGAGGGAGAUUCUGACUAUCGAAACCUCGGUACUGCCGCCGUGACAUCUUUGUUCCUGGCAUUAAUUGUGGCCAUUUGGAUGUGA